AUGGCGCACAUCUUUUCUCUUGCACCCGCUGUAAAGGGGUACAAGGACGGCCUCCUGACAAGACCUGGCGAGGCAACCACAUUUCCACAGACUCCGGUCUUCAGCGGAAUUAACAAGCCGUCGCGUUUUGAAGGCGAUGUGUUCGACCUUGAAGUCACGGGUACGAUCCCCAAGGAAAUAAACGCGACUUUCUACCGCAUCCAGCCAGACCAGCGCUUCCCGCCGCUGUUCGAAGACGACGUGCAUUUCAACGGCGACGGCUCCGUUACCGCGAUCAGGAUCUCCAACGGGCACGCCGACUUUAAGCAGCGAUAUGUGCAGACAGACCGUUACAAGGCCGAGACGGCCGCGCGGCAGAGUCUGUUUGGGCGGUACAGGAACCCGUUCACAGAUAAUGAGGCCGUGAAGGGGGUGAUCAGGACAGCUUCGAAUACCAAUAUCACUUUUUGGCGAGGGAUGCUGCUUGCCAGCAAGGAGGACGGACCGCCUUUCGCCAUGGACCCCGUCACCCUCGACACUCUCGGGCGGUACGACUUUGAGGGCCAGAUCACGUCGCCGACUUUCACAGCACACCCUAAAUUUGAUCCCGAUACUGGCGAGAUGAUAUGUUUCGCUUAUGAGGCUGGUGGGAACGGCAACGACGGGAGUCUCGACAUCAUCAUGUGGACCUUUGAUGCAGAUGGGAAGAAGACGGAGGAGGCGUUUUAUAAGGCGCCAUUCGCUGGCAUGAUCCAUGAUAUUGGCGUGAGCAAGAACUAUGUGGUAAUGCCGCUCACGCCGAUAAAAGUUAAUAUGGACAGAAUGAAGAGAGGAGGUGAGAAGUUUGCGUGGGACCCCUACGAGGAUCAGUGGUAUGGCCUCGUGCCGAGGCGUAACGGAAAAAGCGAAGACAUUAUUUGGUUCCGGGCAGAUAAUGCCUUCCAGGGCCACAUAGCAGGUUGCUACGAAAAUGAAGACGGCCACGUCGUUGUCGAUCUCACCGUCGCCGACGGGAAUGUGUUCUUUUGGUGGCCCCCAGAUGAGGAGCUCACGCCCAUUCAGCCAGACAAGAUAACCCCGCGAGACAAGCUCAACAGCCAGACAACACGCUGGAUCCUCGACCCAAAAGCCAAGACCGAGACACGCAUCAAGCCCGCCUACGUGUGGGACAUCAACGGCGAGUUCAGCCGCAUCGACGACCGCUGGGUGACCAAGAAGUACAAGCACUUCUGGCAGGCGAGGAUCGACCCCUCAAAGCCGUACGACUUCCAAAAGUGCGGCCCCCCCGCGGGCGGCCUGUUUAACUCCCUGGGGCAUUACACGUGGGACCCGGACGACGCGCUGUCCCACGGCGACGAGGACACGUACUUCUUCGGCCCGACGUCGACGGUGCAGGAGCCGAGUUUCAUCCCGCGGGGGGAGGACGCGGCCGAGGGCGAGGGGUACCUGAUCGCGCUGGUGAACCGGCUCGACGAGCUGCGCAACGACGGCCCGCUGGCCGUGAUCCACCUGCCCCUCAAGCUCAAGCUGGGGCUCCACGGCAACUUUGUGGAUCACCGGGAUAUCGAGGCGUGGCAGAAGAGGCGGGAUGCCGGUGGUGAUGUUGGGCCGGUCAAGGUUGCUACUGAGCCGCUGCCUUGGCAAAAGGCGCUCGCGAACGGGACCGCCAACGGGCAGAAUGGUGCUAAUUAA